AUGUUUCGUCUGCCCAUCGCGCUUCCAGCUCAUGGUGUCAGCGGAGAGUGUCAAAGCAAGUAUUAUCGUGCUCUGGGUCUGGAGACUCAAACGCUCCAUCUUGAUCGGCGCGAGCGUGCGUUGAGAGAGGGCUGCCAGAAGGCCCACCAAACUUUGCUGCGUCAGUUAGCCACAUUCGGUGGCAUCAUGGAAAUCUCAGCCAUCGCAACCGAAUCGCAGAUGGGACGACAAGAGCAACCAAUAAAGCGCCGCAGAACAAGCAACGCGUGA